AGCCAACAACCACUUAACACCCCAACUCCCACUCAAACCCUUAGAAGCACAUAGAAUCCAAGGAAACAUAGCUCUUUGCUCCCCACAAACCCUAACAAAAACCUCUGGUUUUAACAGCAUGAGGAGGAUAAAAAGCACUGUUCCCCACUCAUACCCCAAUCCCAUCUUUAUUGCCAAUGCACAUAUUCACAUCAUGUGGACCUCACACAAAACCCUCCAAAACUCCCUCAUCAUAUAAAAUCAUGUCUAGACUUAUUGAUUAUCCUAAACUGACCCUCCCACUAUGCUCUCAACUCAAUCAUUCCAUCCAAACCCUUUGAUCUCUUUGCAAUAAUAUAGCCACCCCUUGUUUUCACAUAUUACUCCACAGGCUCCAAAACUUGCACCAUGUCCAUAGCAGGCCUCAUAGACACAGAAAUGAAUCACAACAAGUCCUUCCACCGCAGAAACGAUUCUGGUGAGCUUGAUGUGUUUGAAGCAGCAAGGUACUUCUCAGGGUACAGUGAAGUUGUUGGCUACACCGGCUCCACCACCUUCACUCAGAAGCUCAUGAGAGAAGAGAGACAUGCACAUAGAGGAAGAAUAAGCUUGGACAUGCCAAUGAGAAGCUUGCUCCCUCAGCAGUUCCAUGGCAUGGAGAAGCAAAUCAUCAUGAAGGAGAAGAAGCACAAGCAACCUAGCUCUCCAGGUGGCAGGCUUGCAAGCUUCUUGAACUCUCUCUUCAGCCAAUCAGCAUCCAAGAAGAAGAAGUCAAAGUCAAGCUCACAGUCCAUGAAGGAUGAGGAUGAGAGCCCUGGAGGGAGGAGAAGGAGGAGGAGCAGCAUUAGCCACUUCAGAAGCUCAAGCACUGCAGAUUCUAAGUCCUUGUACUCUUCCUUAAGUUCAGGGUUUAGAACCCCUCCUUAUGUACAAACACCAACCAAGAGCUGCAAGGAGUUCAGAACCUUCUCAGAUCACAAGCAUGCACCAAAGUGUUGUAAUUAUUAUAAUGGACACGUGAGAUCAACCACCUCUUUGCAAAAUGAGUUGUUGUGGGAUGAGAAGAGAAAGAGGGAACCAACACCAACAACACCACCACCACCAACAACAACAACUUUGUUGGAUGAUAACCACAAACACACCAAUGGCUUAUCAGAGAAACAAAGGAACAAGGGAAGUCAUGAGGAGAGAGAUAGGAUGAUGUUAGUGGAAAAGUACUCAUCAGAGGAGAAGGAAACCACUGAAAUCAACAAGUUCAAUGAGGUUGUUGUUGAUGAUGGUGCAGAAAGUGAUUCAAGCUCUGAUCUGUUUGAGUUGCAAAACUAUGACUUGGGAUACUAUUCAAGUGGUCUACCUGUCUAUGAAACCACAAACAUGGAUAGCAUCAAGAGAGGAGCAACAAUUUCCAAUGGCCCUCUGUGAUGGAUGGAUUAAUUGGUGUAUAAUAUUUUUCUUCCCUCUUAAUUGGUUCAUGUUGAACUAGCAUGUUAGAAGCUAUGAAAAGGAAAAUUCUCUUGGAUUUUGCCUGUUUCCCAUUGGGUUUCAUUUCAUCUUCUUUCAAUACUUUUUUUUUUCCUUU